AUGGGCACUCGCUACGAGCGACAGGAGAAGAUUGGUGAGGGGACGUAUGGUGUCGUGUUCAGGGCCCGUGACACCGCCACCGGUGCCACCGUCGCGCUGAAGCGGAUUCGUCUUGACACGGAGGAGGAGGGUGUGCCGUGCACUGCCAUCCGAGAGAUCUCGCUACUAAAAGAGCUUCGUCAUCCGAACAUUGUAAAGCUGCUUGACGUGUGCCAUAGUGAGAACCGUCUCACCCUCGUGUUUGAGUACAUGGAGCUUGAUCUGAAGAAGUACAUGGAUCGGGAGGAAGGGAACCUGGAUGCGGCCACCAUUCAGGACUUUAUGCGGGACCUGCUGAAUGGCGUGCACUUUUGCCACGAUCGAAACGUUCUGCACCGGGACCUCAAGCCGCCGAACUUGCUCAUCUCGCGUGAGAAGAAUGUGAAGCUGGCGGACUUUGGCCUGGGGCGGGCGUUUGGCAUUCCCGUUAAGAAGUUUACGCAUGAGGUGGUGACGCUCUGGUACCGCUCCCCGGAUGUACUGCUUGGCUCCACACAGUAUGGCACGCCUGUAGACAUAUGGUCCGUCGGGUGUAUCUUUGCGGAAAUGGCCAUUGGCGCCCCACUAUUCGCUGGAAAAAAUGACGCAGAUCAGUUGCUGCGCAUUUUUCGUUUUCUGGGAACGCCGAACAACCAGGUGUGGCCUUCCAUGAACCAGUACCCCAACUCCACCAACAUGUUGUCGAAGCCCGAGUUCCUGCAGAACCUCGCAGCGGAGUGCGACGUUCAGUUUCGCACCGUGCCCGCGUACGCGAAGCUGGGCCCGGAGGGUAUUGAUCUCCUUCGGCGCCUGCUGAAGUACGAGCCCAGCGAACGCCUAACAGCUGCUCAGGCGCUUGAGCACCCAUACUUCUCCUUGGAGUUUUGA